CAGCACUGAGAGGGGCAGACAAACAGGAGGGUAGUAGGACAAGCCAGGAGAAAAGGAAAUCAACAUUUCGGGUAUUACCCUUCUCCAGGUCCUUCUCCUUUCCUGUAAAUGGGGAAACAUCAGCAGACAAUUAUGAUGGGAAUGGGAGCUGCGGUCACAGGUGCAAUUGUUACCGUGGUUGCUGCCCCAGUGGUUCUGGGAGCUGUGGGAUUUACGAGCGCUGGAAUAGCAAGUGGCUCCACUGCAGCAAGUAUGAUGUCCUCAGCAGCUAUUGCCAAUGGAGGAGGAGUAGCUGCUGGAAGUCUGGUUGCGGUCCUCCAAUCUGCCGCCAUCACUGGCUGGCCAGCAUUUCUUGCCCACCCCUAGUUGCCCUUGAGAAGGUGGUGGUGAGCUGCCUUCUUGAACUGCUGCAAUCCUCCUGCUGUUGGUUGACGCACAAAGCCAUUAGGGAAGGAAUUCCAGGAUUUUGACCCAGAGACAGUGAAGGAACGGCAAUAUAUUUCCAGGUCACGAUGGGGCCACUAGAAUCCCAGUCGCUGCCAAGGUUGGCCAGGGAACUGUGGGUGCUUUCAUCGCUGCACUUUUUUUGAAGCGUUAGAAAGUAAAAAAUCCCUAAUGACAACUGAAAAUAAAUAAAGCUUUUAUUUUCAUUCUGAACCAGUAAAGGGAAAAUGCAACUGAAAAAUGAAGCUGAAAUUCAAGAAAAGCUCUGCAUAAUCUAACAUUUCUUCCCUGUGAAUGUUUUAUCAUCCCAAACUUGAUAAGGUUCAAAGCAGCACUGUACCUCACAUUGCUCAUGCAAAUGGGAGGUAGUGGCCGAGAGGUAUUAUUGCUAGACACAGGUGAUGUUCUGGCCUCAAACCCACCAUGACAGAUGAUGGAAAUUUCAUUCAACAAAGGAUCUUAAAAUUAAGAGUCUAAUGAUAAUCAUGAAAGACUUGCUGAUUGUUGGAAAACCUCAUUUAGUUCACUUUAGGGAAGCAAACUUGCCAUCCUUGUCUGAUUGACAAGUGACUACAGGCCCACAGCAAUAUGGGUCACUUUUAACGGCCCUUUGGGCAGGAGUGAUGCUCACAUCUUGUCAAUGAAUAAAAAGAAGCCAGCAUCCAGCUUCACACAAAAAUCUAUCCCAUGAAACAUUCACUACCUUUUCUGGAUUGUGAAACUGCUGUGAUGUCUUUUUAUCUGAGUAAUUCUUCUCUGCUGUAUCUAAAUUGUAUUAUACGCUUGGUAUAAUUUGGAGAAUGGGAACUGCUUUAAUCAUCAAGCCAAUGGCUUACUUUGAGUUUUCAGCUUCGAGUCCUCACCAUGCAGUUGUAGAAUCAUAGAAUCCCUACAAUGUGGAAGCAGCCCAUUUGGCCCAUCAAGUCCACACCAACCCUCCAAAGAGCAUCUCAUUCAACGCCACCUCCCCCUACCAUAUCACCCUGUAUUUCCCAUGGUUAAUCCACCUGGACUGUACAUAGAGUAACGAGGAAUACAGCACAGCAACAGACCCUUCAGUCUAACCAGUCCUUGCUAAGCAUAAUCCCAAACUAAACUUGUCUCCUCUGCCUGCCCUAGGCCCAUAUCUCUCCAAAACUUUCCUAUUCAUUUGCCUAUCGAAAUAUCUUUUAAAUGUUGUAAUUGUACCCACAUCAACCACUUCCUGAGGAAGAGCAUUCCACAUCUGUGUAAAAAAUUUGCCCCUCAUAUCUUCUUUAAAUCUUUCUCCGAUCACCUUAAAAAUGUGUCCCCUAGUCUUGAAAUUCCCCAUUCUAGGGAAAAGACAACUACCAAUAGCUCUAUCUAUACUGCUAAUUAUGUUAUAAACUUGAGAAGAUUUGUAGCUCAGGUUGAGGUUCUGGAUGUGAGUUUGCUCGCUGAGCUGGAAGGUUCGUUUUCAGACAUUUCGUCACCAUUCUAGGCAACAUCAUCAGUGAGCCUCCGACGAAGAGCUGGUGUUAUGUCCCGCUUUCUAUUUAUCUGGUUAGGUUUCCUUGGGUUGGUGAUGUCAUUUCCUGUGUUUUUCAGUUAACCACUCAAUGUCCUGUGCUCAAAUGAAAACAGUCCCAGACUCACCAGCCUUUCUUCAUAACUCAAACCUUCUGUAUCCAGCAACAUCCUGAUAAAUCUUUUCAGAACUCUCUGCAGCUUAGAACUGUAGGAAGAAACCUGCGCAGACUUUGGAAGAAGGAGCAAACUCCAUACAAACAGACAGCCGAGGAUGAAUUCAAACCUGAGUGCCU